GACUAAAAUGGUACAAUGGUAUAUACUGUACUGGGGGGCAAUCCUUAUGCUCUAUGCACCUGUAGUCUUCAUCGAACCACCAGUGUUCCAGAGUAUGUUUAUAAACUGGGCAUGACUGAAAGUGAUUUUGUGUCAAGACCUUCAUACGGAGGCACAUAUUAUCAAUCUGACAGGGCAGGCUCACCAACUACUUUUACAAAUGGCUGGGGGAAUAAAUCCUUACAAUAUAAUGUUUACACAACAGUAGAAGAGAGGUCUCAAAGGCAGCCUCUAAAGAGAUUAGAGAUUUGUCCCCAGAGUAGCCCUGAGAAGAUGGUAUUUGUGCACAAUGAUUUCUAUUACAACAGAGGGAAUCAGUCUGGAUUCACUCAAAGGCAUGGAGAUAAUAGGAGGUCCAAUGUUGUUGUUCCACCAAGAUACGCUCGCUCUGACAUCAUGAGUUACAGUAAGGAGGCUUCUAUAAGCAGAGGGCGUACUUAUCCAAGACAAUUCUAUAUAGGGCCCAUUAAUAACGCAGUCUUUGACAGUGUCCCUACUAGCCCUACUGCACCUUUGUACCAACAAGAUGGGAACAGUCGCAGUAUGACCAACCUCUUGGAGAAAGAGAACUACUUGACCUUGGGUAGUGCCAUGGGACAAGUCAGAUCAUCUAUUGCAUCCCAAAUUGCAUCUCAGACCAGGCCAUCCUUGAGGUCCAGCUGGCACCAAAGCACAGCCAGAAGCACACAAACCAUAAGAGAAGUUUCCAAGCCAACUUCAGUGACAAGUGGUGCUGCAGAGACUGACGGGAGGAGGAUGGCAAUGACAGCUGCUAUGGCGGCAGCAGGAACCGGGCUCUUACAGACUGAAAGAGUAGCCACUGCUGGAUCUCAGCUAGGGAGUCCAGAAAGGGAGAUGACCAUGGAACAUGCAAUCAACAUAUUGGAUAACGAAAAUAUGUCAUCACCAUCAUCACUGUCCAGGAUCCUUGCUGCAGUUAUCUUUAUACAGCAUGAGUGUUUUCAGAAAGCAGAAGCCAGACGAAGAGUUUAUUCUCUUCAUGGUAUUCCCAAGCUUCUACACAUCCUGAAUGUGCAAAAUGAGGACAUCCAGCGGGCAGCAUGUGGAGCCUUGAGGAACUUGGUGUACGAGGAUAAUGACAACAAGCUGGAAGUAUCUGAGCAGAAUGGGGUUCCAGUCCUGCUCCGUUUACUCAGACAAACCAGGGAUGUGGAGACUAAAAAACAAAUAACAGGUUUGCUGUGGAACAUGUCCUCCAAUGACCAGCUGAAAACCCUGCUGAUGAGAGAUGCCCUGCAGCAACUGACUGAGACAGUUCUCAUCCCCUGCUCUGGCUGGCCAGAUAGAGAUUACCCCAAGUCAGGUGUCUUAUCUGACCCUGAUAUCUUCUACAAUGCCACAGGAUGCCUGAGAAACAUGAGUUCUGCUGGCCCAGAAGGAAGAAAAAAAAUGAGAGAAUGUGAUGGUUUGAUUGAUUCUCUUGUUUAUUACAUCCAAGGAACUAUUGCAGACUAUCACCCUGAUGACAAGGCCACAGAGAAUGGUGUGUGCAUUCUACACAACCUUUCCUACCAGCUGGAGUCAGAGCUUCCCAGCAGUUACUCUCAGCACACCUACAUGAAAAGAAGAAAUAUCCCCAUUUAUGACAAAAAAUUUGGUUGCUUUGGAAUACACAGCAGAAAAGUGAAAGAGAAGCAACAGGACACCCCGCUCCCUGAGGAAAAGAGCAAUCCCAGAGGUGUAGAAUCACUUUGGCACUCCACAUUGAUUAGGAUAUAUCUCUCCUUAAUAGCCAAAAGUACAAGAAACUACACCCAGGAAGCAUCACUGGGAGCUCUCCAGAAUCUCACCGCUGGUACUGGACCGAUGCCUUUUGCAGUAUCCCAGACCAUUGUCCGGAAGGUAAACGGCCUUCCAAGUAUUCGAAAUAUGCUACAUGUGACCUACCCAGUUGUAAAGAAGACAGCGGUCUCAUUGCUUAGGAACUUAUCUCGUAACUCUUCUUUGCAGAAUGAGAUAGCUAGAGAAGUUUUACCUGAUUUGGUCUCCAUACUUCCUGACUUUGUUCCAAGUCCUGAUGAGGUUGUCAAUGAUACCGCUGCUUCUGUCUGCUACACCUUGUACAACUUGACCCGAAACAAUUCCCAGAAUGCACAGCUUCUCCUAAAUACUGAUGGUCUUCCAAAGAUUAUGAACAUCAGCAUAAGUGACAGCAAAGCGGGCAAAGCUGCCUCAGUCCUCCUGUACUCCUUGUGGUUGCACACUGAUCUGCACAGUGCCUACAAAAAGGCUGACUUCAAGAAGACAGAUUUCAUCAAUAACCGGACAACCAAAGCCUACAACUCACUAAAAGACUGAGGCUGGCUACAUUGACAUUAGAGAGAUGAGAAUAUGUAUGGAUUUGUAUAGUGGUCUUUCAGUGUCAGUUCUACCACUAUGAACUGUGAAACAUCUCAGAAUGUUUCUUUAUCCUAUUCAUAUUGUUCUCAAUUUUACUUAACAAUAUAAACAGCCAAAGAUGAUAGUCUUUAGGAUUCCUGGUGCAACCUUUCAGGCAAACUCACUAAUAGUCAAUGCUUCAUACACUACUGCGUCUAAUCUAAUAGCAGUUUAUGCAGAGAGGUUGGGAAUUCUAACUAGCAAAAUAUUCUUUAUAGGCUACAUUUUAAAUGAGGAAUCCUCCAGGGCUGACUUUCAAUUGCACUGCUCAGGAAGUAGAAGUUUUUUAUUUACAAUAAUCAUUACUCUUUGAGCAUGUGUAGUGCUAAAACUGUACCUCCAGGCUGUGCAGUUGAACAGAACAGACAGAAGAUUUUUUUUUACUACAUGCAUUUUAUAAAACACUGAAAGAGUUAGUUAUUUGCGGGGGUCUGUAUUUUUUGUAUUAAUGUAUUCACUGACUCCCAGAGCUUCUUUGCUUUGAGAGCUCAGCAGUGGCAGCAACACUGACAGACAGUAAAGUCUCCAGUGUUCUAUGAGAACUGACAGCCUGAUCAUCCCAUUCUCCGCUGAACCUUCCUCUCACUACUGCAAGGCUUGGUGACUGUCCCAGCAAGAUUUUUAAAUAGUAUAAAUACAUGUCAGGUACAUUGGGUUGAGCUCUGAUCUGUCAAUCAGUGCUAACUGAGCAAAAUUGCAGCUGGUAAUUCAUGGAUAAUUUUAAGAAAUGUCCAAUUUUAAAAAGCAUUCUAUUGAUGGCUGUAUAUUGGAAAGGGUGCAGAGACUGAUCCCUUUUCUUUCUGAGUAAGUAUGAAAGCAUGAGAUUAGCAUCAUUCUUGCUUAGGACCUCAUCUGAACCUGACUCGUAUUCCCUCAGCUGGAAUCAUAAUCCUCCCCACAGUGAUGCACUGUAAUGUGCUGAUUGAAGGAGUUUGAGUUUAGAUGUGGGAACAGGUAAUAGGAGGAGAUAGGCUUCCAAGUAACACAAGACUGUUUUCAUUCUUUGUUCCUGGGGGGGAAGGAAGAGAAGCCAAAAUGUUGAAAACAAAUGAUGGACUCUUUUAGCAGGAAUUAAUGGGUUUUUCUUAGUAUUCCUUGAGCCAGCAACUGUUCUUCAAAUGCAAAAUAAAAAGCACAAACAAAAAACACCACAAAAACUCCACUCUAAGCCAGUUUAUUAAGUGGCAUAAAUACAUAAACUGGUGUCACUCUGCUAAAGUCAGUGGAGCUGCACUAGUUUUCUACCUGAGAGUGUGCCUGGAAUAGGGAACCCUAGCCCUAUUGCAGAGUGGAGAGGGCCAGGAGAAAGGGCAGCAAGGCACCCUCAGCUAGGCUCUGGUCACCUACAGGCAGCCUCCUAAACAGCAUACUAACCGCAACAUCAAGGCAUGGCAGGAAGGAGAGAGGAGCCAGCUAAGGGAGAUUGGGGUAAACAGGCAUGUUCCGCACAGCUGCCAGGGGGCGAAACGACUACCCUGGAAGUGCCCUUAACUGUUUAUACGCUUCUUUUGUCCAGCCAGCAACCUUCUCUGCCCUCCUAGUACCAGAUGGUAGUAAAAGAUCUGUGCACUGGUCCUCACCCGUUAGAGAAUUUCUCCACAUUUGGGAAAUCUUCAGAGUUCAGGCUCUGGCACAUUUAAGUCUGCUUAACUACUGAGCGAAAUAAUUUUAUCAGUCCUUACCCGCAGAGUUGUAUCUUACCUAGAACUGCAACCAAGCAAAAAACAGUGUGGUAUCAUAUCCAGAUGUCUCUCUGGAUAUGAGGCUGUUAAAAUUUGCUCUCAGAGAAGUGCAGCUCUCAUUGAGUUCUGUAGCAAUACAUGCUUCCAAUGCAUAGUUUGUCUCAGGAAGGUUUAACAACUGUGCCCUGCCCCAGGUCAUUUCUGUAUAUUAGACAAAGCAUUUGAAUUUGCUUUGAAAAACUAAAAUCAAAUAUAACAAGUGGGAGGUUCUAAAGUAUUUUGUAUGUUUCAGAGGGAAGUUUUCAAGAAGCUCUAGGUCCAAAAACAAUAUGAGAGAAAGACAGGGUUACACGACUUCAUGUAAAUGAAAAUAUUUUCAUUAUUUUGAAAAAAAUGGGACUGAAAACAGAUAAUUAAAAUCUAAACUUUCCUCACAA